AUGGCGGCGGCGUUGGCGGUGCUUACCGAUCUUCUCGUGCCGGAGACGGUCAACCGCUCUACCUCGAGUCCUCUCGACCGCUUUUUAACUCGCAGCCGCCGCCGCUCGACGCAACUUAGCGCAAGAAAGAACUCAUCGGCAGGGGCGAAAACAAAACCCUACAAGAACCCACCGGAGAAGAGGCGGAGGGCGAUCGGAGAGCGGGAUCAUGGCGGGGCCAGCUGCGGCGGUGGCGGAGGCGUGGGACAAGGUCACCGUGUUCCUGUACUCUCAGCUCUACGACGAGAGGGAAGAGGGCCCAAAACAACGUGA